AUGAUCAUGGGAGAAUCACUGAAUUGUUGGAUCGAGAUGCUCGAAGAACUAAAGGUCUACACCCUCAGGUCUCUCCACCACCCAGCUGUCUAUCGGGAACCGCAGCCCGCGAUCGAGCUCUCUCUGAUCGCUUCCUGCCCACAAUUUCUCGGGCGCCGGAACACUGUCAGUCACUGGUUGAAACAUGCCAUCCACACCCUAGUCCGCCGAGAUGCUUCCCCGGCCCAUGAAACCAAGGCGGGUCCUGCAGCAAAGUCCAACAACGAGUCCUUCAAGAGCAUCAGGAACUUCGUCUACGUUUUUGUCCAUCGCAACGACUCGGCCGCGGUCGAGGAGAACGAUACCGAGCAGGAUGCGCUCACGCACCGCGACCUCAGGCGCUUCCCUGGUGGAUACCAGCUUGUGAACUGUGGUGAUGAUGAGCCUCGACCGGUAUCCCAGCCAGAUCUCAGUGCAACUGCAUUCAGGAAUGGGAACAAGGUCAAGGAAAAGUAUUUAUGGGAAGUUCCCGAUGAGGAUUACGAGUUGCAUGAGGUCGAGUUCCGGGCCAGAGAGCGAAAGAAGCCGAUUUCCUGGUGA